CCUGGAACACGGAAGAAGUAUCCCCGAUUGUGGGUUCAUUACAUGCUUGGCUUUAAUAUUAGCCACUUCUAUGGAUGAGCUGCAGCAGUGUAGCACAGUAUGUAAAGCAAAGUACAGGUAUCAGCCAUUAAUUAUGUUUCAUUUUCUUUCCACAGUUAAGUUGAUUUUACAGAAUUUAUCAGGUCUUCAAAGCAGAAACAGGUGAUUUUUGCUGUGGGUUGAGCUCAGCAUGGCUGUAGUCAUCCGUUUACAGGGGCUUCCUGUUGUUGCGGGUCCUGCAGAUAUUCGUCGUUUCUUCUUGGGAUUGAAUAUUCCUGAUGGAGGUGUGCAUAUUAUUGGAGGAGAGAUUGGGGAGGCUUUUAUUAUAUUUGCAACAGAUGAAGAUGCACGGCGUGCCAUGAGCUGUUCGGGAGGGUUUAUCAAGGACUCGCGCAUCGAGCUCUUCCUCAGCAGCAAGGCAGAAAUGCAGAAUACCAUAGAAAUGAGCCGGAAACGGUUUGACCGUGGGGGACGAGAAACUCUGUCUGGCUCUAGAAGAACGGGUACUAACGGUUCUGGAGCCCCAGGUGUUGGGGACAUUCCACAUUUAGUAACGCCUUUUCCAAAAGGAAUAAGUAAACCUGGUUACGGUCCACCAAAUCACCCGGAGGCUGGUUUCCAUACUAAUGGCACAAGACAUGGUGAUAUAGGUAUGCCUAAACCGAGCUAUCAGUCAAGAAAGGAUUCUCUUCCAUUUAAUCCAGAUGACCUUUACUUAUUUCUACGUGGUAUUCCUUACUCUGCAACAGAAGAUGAAGUGCGUGCUUUCCUUUCGGGGAUACAUGUGGAUGGAGUGAUUCUGAUAAAGCAUCGCAAUGGUUUAAACAAUGGUAACUGCUUGGUAAAAUUUGCUACUCCUGGUGAUGCCUUAGAAGGACUUAAACGUCAUAGGCAAUACAUGGGUCAGAGAUUUAUAGAAAUAAGCCCAUCUACAGAAGAACGGUGGAUUGAAUAUGGUGGGAGAGUAGACAUGCCAAAUGAAAUGGAUGACUUUUUGUGUGAAGACCACUCUCCAAGAAGUUCAGACUACAUGCAUUUCAGGAAGCAUUCUCAUUCAAGAUCACCAAGGAGACAAAGAACACGUUCUCGUUCACCUCCCAGCCAGGAAUAUUACAUACACUUAAGAAAUUUAUCUACAAAUCUGGAGAAGAGAGAUUUGAAAGAAUUUUUUUUUGGUCUGGAUAUAUGCAGCAAACAAAUAAAGCUUCUAACAGAUAAGCAUCAGAGGAGGACUAGAGAGGCCUUUGUGAUGUUAAGGAGUGAGAGAGAUUAUCAGGCUGCUUUGGAAUGUCAUAGAAAGGUUCUACUCAAUCGUUCGGUUUACGUGUUUCCAAUUUCAAAAAAGUCGAUGUUGAAAAUAAUUGAUUCUUGUGAGAGGAGGAGAUCACAGGACAGAGAACAUCUUGGACAGGCCCUAUCAGAAAAAAGUUAUCGGGAAAGCCAUUCUGGCCCCAAGACGUGUGUUUAUGUAAGGAAUUUUCCAUUUGAUGUGUCAAAAAUUGAAGUGCAAAAGUUCUUUGCAAGAUUUGAUGUUGACGAAGAUGAUAUUUACUUGCUCUAUGAUGACAAAGGAGUUGGGCUGGGAGAAGCAUUAGUGAAGUUUAAAUCUGAAGAACAAGCCAUGAAAGCAGAAAACUUAAAUCGUCGAAGAUUCUUGGGAACGGAGGUAUUAAUAAGACUUAUAUCUGAAGAGCAGAUGCAGAAGUUUGGUGUAACAGUACCAUUGUCCCCACCAAGUGAAAUGCAGGGUCAUUCACAUCAGUAUGACAGAGGUGAGCUUUCCUGUCCAGUCGGUUCACCAUCUGGGCCACCACAAGGGCCACCCAUGCAUUCAUUUGGUCCCCCUGGGAACUUCAGGCAUCCUUCUGAAUUUAGGCACCCACCUGAGGAAUUCAUGUGCCCUCCAAAGGAUUUCAGAGGUCCGCCACCACUCCUGGAUUUUGGUGGUGACAGUGAACAUUUUGGCAGAAUGGAGUUUGGGAAUAAUAAAAUGGGAAAUUUUCCUGAAGGAAGAUUUAUGCCAGAUCCAAAUUUCAGUGGUGGUUCUGAACGUGUUGUUCCUAUUAGAUUGAAAAAUUUACCUUUUAAAGCUACUCCUAAUGAGAUUCUGGAUUUUUUCUAUGGCUACAGAGUCAUACCAGAGUCAGUUUCUGUUCAGUAUAAUGAACAAGGAUUACCUUCAGGUGAUGCCAUCGUUGCUAUGACAAACUAUGAGGAAGCUAUGGCUGCUAUUAAUGAACUGAAUGACAGGCCAAUUGGUUCACGGAAAGUUAAGUUGAGCUUACUGUAAAGGAGGAUAAGAUGCUCUAGAGAAAAACAUUCUAGAUUUGACAGUAUUGACAAUUAUUUUAACUCUUAACUGGAAGAUGCAGAAGAAACUGUUUCCAUCAACGGUUGUAAAUAAUACCUAGUUCAGUUGUUUAGACCUCAGUUGAAAUAUUUUGUAUGGUUAAGAUGUGAGAACUGUAUUGUGCCUACUUCUUGUGGCAGAGAAGAGCCCAGAAAUCCUGGAGGACAUUGAAUGUCUAACAUCAAAGUAUAAAGACGUGGAGUUGUAAUGCUUUGGGGUUUUUUUUAGUUUGCUCUAAUUCCACGUCCCACAACUUUGCAUCAAAAAUGUAAGUGCUGGUUGACUGACCACACAAACGGUUCAAAUAGAAAAGCUUCAGUGCUACCUGCAUUAGUAAAUAACAUUUCUUACUGAGGUUAGCUUAAUAAAAUUUUAAAAAUACUGAUUUUUUUAUUUGUGUGUAAACUGUUCAGGUUUUCCUCGGUUUCAUGUGGUUGCAGGCAUUGCUAUUAAAAGAAAAAAGAGCCUUCUGUUCACAGUAGCUGGCUUUGCAACUUUUUAAAAAUAAAAAUGAAAUUGCCAUUAAA